AUGGCAUUGCAAGUUGGCCGGAUACUGCGGCCGCUGGUGCGGAGCUAUUCUUCGAAGGUCGGGAAGAGUAUAGUCGUGAAUUGUAGGACUUUUGAAACGGACGACAGCCACACCAACGUCACGCCGACAAUCCUGUCGCUGACCGAGAGAUCGCUGCACCUGCAGAAGGCGCAUCCCAUUGGCAUCCUGCGGGAUAUGAUCGAGCAGAGACUCAAUUCCGUGGACAAUGCGUACGAGACGUAUAACGAGUUCAGGCCUGCGGUUUCCGUGGCCGAGAACUUCGACUCGCUUGGCUUUCCGGCGGACCACCCGGGGCGGUCGAGGUCCGAUACGUACUACAUCAACAAGGAGCAUCUUUUGCGGACACACACAUCCGCACACGAGAUGGAAUGUUUUGGCAACAUCCGCAACGGGGCCACCGAGAAGCCCGGGUUUCUGAUUUCGGCGGACGUUUACCGGAGAGACGAGAUCGACCGCACACACUACCCCGGCUUCCACCAGAUGGAGGGUGCGCGUAUGUGGAAGCGAGAUCUUAGUGCGGCUCCCGGCCAGGAGCCUGCCCAUCUGGCGCAACUGCGGGCCGACAUUGCCAAGGUCGAGGAGCAGCUGCGCCACGAGCAGACACGGCUGCAGGUCGAAGACAGCACCACGCUCGAGGGCAACCCAAAACAAGACUACAUGACGGAAGCCGAGGUGGACCUAUGUGCGCAACACCUAAAGCGGAGCGUCGAGCUCGUUGUUGCCCAGGUCUUCAACAAGAAGCUGCAGAGCGUGGGGAAUCCAGGAGAGGUGCUGCAGGUCCGCUGGAUUAAGGCGUACUUCCCUUGGACUGCACCUUCAUGGGAAAUAGAGGUCUGGUGGAAAGGCGAGUGGCUCGAGCUGUGCGGCUGCGGUCUCGUGCGCGAGCAGGUGUAUUUGAACGCCGGCUUCGCGCCCAACACCCACGUGGGCUGGGCUUUCGGCCUCGGCCUCGACCGCAUUGCCAUGCUGCUCUUCGACAUUCCCGACAUCAGGCUGUUCUGGACACUGGAUGAGCGCUUCCACUCGCAAUUCCGCCCCGGCGAGAUCACCACUUUCAAACCGUAUUCAAAGUACCCCGCCUCCACAAGAGAUGUUGCUUUCUGGCUGCCAGAGGACAAACAGAGUGUCGAAUUCCAUGAAAACGACAUCAUGGAGCUUGUGCGCAACACGGCUGGCGAUCUAGUCGAAAGUGUGAAGCUCCUAGACAAGUUCGUCCAUCCCAAAACCGGGAGAACCUCUUUGUGCUACCGUAUCAACUACCAGUCCAUGGACAGGACUGUUACCAAUGCCGAGGUCAAUGUCUUACAAGAGCAGGUCAGUCGGGAACUAGUCAGGCUUUACAACGUUCAAUUGAGAUAG